AUGACGUGUAAACACUGGAUGUUAAUUUCUACUACUAACCCCACAAGUCUGGAAGAUGAAAUUGUGGGAAGACUUCUAAAAAUUCUGUUUUUUAUCUUUGUUGACUUCCUGUCUAUUAUAUAUGUUGUUAUAACUUCUUAGAAAGCUGACUUCCCUUACUUUACAUGUGAAUUUCAUAUUGAAUUACAGUGAAUAAAAUUUUGUAAUUUA